AUGGCCGAGUUUGAGAGCACUGGGCCUUUGAUGACAGCCAGUCUCUGGCCCAUCACCUUCAUUUGCGCUGUUUUCCUCGGCCUGAGGUUGUAUACCAAGUUGCGGUUCCGCGGCCGCUUGUGGUGGGAUGACUACAUCCUACUGUUCUCAUGGAUAUGCCUUCUGAUAGAGGUAUCAAUGAUACAAAGAGCAAUAUCGUUCGGGUUCGGCAUGCACAUGGUCGACCUGGCAGCCACGAAGUCGCGAAGCGACAUCAUCAGAUUCGCAAUUUACGUGCGGAUCGGUUUGAGCUUCGCGAUUCUAUCGAUCAAUUUCAGCAGAGUCAGCUUCGCGGUGACUAUGUUGAUGCUUACGACCGGCUGGUGGAAAUCCUUCGUGUGGCUCGCAAUCAUAUCGUUGAUAAUGAUGAUGAUACCGGCACUUGUGCUUCCUUGGGCCUAUUGCCAACCGCUAGAGAAGGCUUUCGACCACUCGGUCCCGGGGACAUGCGUAUUCUCCACGUCGGUCAACGUCUCCUAUGGUACAUUCGAAGCGGGGCUUUCUGCCUUCUUCGACUUUGCACUGGCCAUGUUGCCAUGGAAGGUCAUCUGGGGGCUGCAGAUGCUCCGAGCUGAGAAAAUUGGUCUGGGAAUGGCCAUGAGCUUGGGUAUUUUCUCCGGGGCGAUCACGAUCAUCAGGGCGAUCUCCAUCGUCCGAAUGGCGAAUCAUGAUUUAUCAUACUACGGAGCUUACGUGACAAUAUGGAAUACGACAGAACCAGCAUGCGCCAUCAUCGCCGCGUCGAUCCCCAUUCUCCGCGUCUUCGUCCAGGAGAAGAACUCCAGUUAUCAUCCCGAAAACCAAGGUUAUCCCCUUUCGACUGUUGGCGGGACAGCGAAUGUGAUAUCUUUGAGACCCAUCGAGGAUAGGAAACGAACAGACAGCCAGACGUGGAUAACGUCACAUGCAGACGACGAGAGCGACAAGAUCAACCUACGUGAAAACGCAGCUCCAUCGGGAUAUGAAAUCGUCCAGACGAACACCUUCACGAUCGAAUAUGUAGACGAGAACCGCUCACAUAAUGGUCGUUGA